GUUACUACUCCUGCUAGAGCGCAUGAUACAGUGAGGGGAAAAGAUUGAAUUUGAACCGUUUUUGGACGUUUCUUCCGCGCGAUGUCAUCUCUUCUGAAGGUGGAGCGCGAGCUGAAGACCAGGGUGGAAACAUUCAGGGAGCAGAUCAGCAGUGAGGCUGAGCACCUGGUUGCCAGCUUCUUCCCUCAAAAGCUCCUGGAGUUGGAUGAUUUUUCUCAAGGUAAGUGGCUAGCUAAGUGGCUAGAGCCGAUCCUCAACGUGAAGGACCUGAAAGAAAUCCACUCAGAGAUCAAGUUCAGAGUCCCCGAGUCCGUCCUUUUCACCAACAGCCAUGAUGGCGUGGACACGAAUACGAAGAAGAGGAAACUAGAAGAUGGAGUUGCUGACGGGAGCUGUCAAGGGGGAACCAAAACACUGCUGAUGCCAGAGGAGAUGCUGAAAUGUAACACCAAGCUGGUGGACCUGAUCGAGCGAGUCAAACCAGAGAUCAGGACUCUGAUAGAAAAGUGUAACACAGUUAAGACUUGGGUCCAGCUGCUCAUCCCCAGAAUAGAAGAUGGGAACAACUUUGGAGUCUCCAUACAGGAGGAGACAGUGGCAGAGCUGAGGACCGUGGAGUCAGAGGCAGCGUCUUACUUGGACCAGAUCUCCAGAUAUUACAUCACAAGAGCCAAGCUCGUCUCCAAAAUUGUCAAGUACCCUCACGUGGAGGACUACAGGAGGACCAUUUCAGAGAUCGACGAGAAGGAAUACAUCAGUUUGAAAAUCAUAGUUUCAGAGCUCAGGAAUCAAUAUGUGAUUCUUCAUGAUAUGAUCCUGAAGAACAUUGAGAAGAUCAAGAAACCCAGAAACAGCAACUCUGAAGCUCUUUACUGACAAACCCCUACAAACACACACACAUACACACACACACACACACACACAUAUACACAAAAACAUCAGCUGCAGGUCAAACAAUAAUUCUAGCUUUGAUUUGGGAACAUCUGAUGUUUUGGGGUUUUACAACGUCAGGAUAAUUCAUAACGUGUUAAAUGAGAUGCUGCCUCUGAGCUGAUAGUCUGCUGCUAUUCAGUGAUGAAAACUUCAACAUGAAUGGUGCUUGCUGCUCUGUGUGGAAAACCCCAGCUGUGUGGCUCCACAGUGAGCUCGAAGAAGCUAUAAAAAUGCAUUCGAGAAAAAAAAAACUUGGCCUAAGGUCACACAUACACACAUACAUUUCAGCUGUUAUGGGAUCCUCCUCCAUGUUUGCUUUUGGCUUCACUCUGUAGUCAUCUACAUGCUUUCACGUAACCUUCAGUUUCCGGUACAUGCUGCUGUUACAGAGACCACCUACGUGGCCUGCUUCCCAUAUGUUCCCUUGGGACCGAGGCUCACGGAUUCCUGCUGCUCUCUCUUCCUAUGUGCAGUUCUGCUCUAGUGGAUGCCGGACCUUUCCCAGGAUUUCUCAGGGGUUUCUUUUUUUUGCUCCAUGUUGCCUUACCCGCCCAGGGGAGGUUCCCUUUGUCUAGUUUUUGCCCUGGCCUCUUGAACAUUUUGGGCACACCGCUAUCCAAGGAAAAAAAAAAUGGAUUUUUAAGACGCUCAACUCCACCCAGUCCUCCCCCAACUGGCCUGAAACUGUCAGGGGACGCCUCUUGUCAGAUAAGACGCAGACUGCUUUCCUCAGUGCGUCAGAGAGCAGCUGCAGUUCCUCAGACGCAGUGUUUUAGUCAUCCUGACAAACAAGGAUUCAUGUACACCGUAUAUCACAUGUCUUCAUUCCUCAAGGAGAAUUCUUGUACUUGACAUGAAGAACAUUCGUUAAUUCUCCCAGUGUCCUUUUCAAAUUUUCCCUCUGUCCCUUUCUUGUGAACAUGGCAUCUCAAGAACACGGGGGAUUUUUUUUUUUUCAUUCGGCAUAAACAUUCACUUGGACCCAACAAUGAAUCGAUUAGCUUUUGAUGGUCAUAGGUCAAAGGUCACUCUGACUUUGCCUGUCUCGUUCUUGUGAGUGCGAUAUCUCAAGAAUGUUGAGGGAUUUUUUAUUUUAUUUAUUUGGCACAAACCUUCACUUGGACUCAACAAUAAAUUCAUUAGCAUUCAGUGGUCAAAGGUCAACGUCACCUUUGACUUUGCCCCUAAUUCAUAUGAAUGGGAUAUCUCAAGAAAACCAAGGGAAUAAUUUUAAAUUUGGCACAAACGAUCCCUCUGACUCAAUUAAUUAAUUAGAUUUUGGUGGUCAUAGGUCAAAGGUCAAGUAACCUCGACCUUGUCUGUCUCAUUCUUGUCAAUGCGGUAUUGAAAGAACACUGAGGGUUGUUUUUUUUGUUUUGUUGUUGUUGUUUUUUAAUUUGGCACAAACAUUCAGUUGG